CGUUUUCCUCCUUCUAAACCCUAAACCCUUAAGCCUCCUUCGUCUCAGUCCCACUCCUCGUUGCUUGGCGUUUCCAUUUUCUUCUCUCUCUCUUCUAUUUAUUGUCUUUCGACAAGCUUCAGAAAACCCUAGAGAGUGGGAGAGAAUGGGAAUAUUCGAGCCGUUCAGAGCAAUCGGCUACACAACCAGCUCCGUCCCCUUCUCUGUUCAGCGGCUCGGCACCGAAACCUUCGUCACUGUCUCCGUCGGCAAGGCUUUCCAGAUUUACAACUGCGCAAAGCUCAGUCUCGUCCUCGUUGGUCCACAAUUGCCGAAGAAGAUUCGAGCUCUUGCUUGCUACCGUGAUUAUACGUUUGCUGCAUAUGGGAAUGAGAUAGCCGUUUUUAAGCGAGCUCAUCAGGUAGCAACAUGGUGCAGCCAUAGUGCCAAGGUCAAUUCGCUGCUAUUGUUUGGAGAGCAUAUCCUAAGUGUUGAUGUUGAAGGUCAUCUGUUUAUAUGGGCAUUCAAAGGAAUUGAUGAGAACCAUACUCCGAUUGGACAUGUUAUGUUAGACAACAACUUUUGUCCUAGCUGUAUAAUGCAUCCAGAUACCUACCUAAAUAAGAUUAUUAUUGGGAGUCAGGAAGGUUCACUUCAACUUUGGAACAUCAGUGCAAAGAAAAAACUUUAUGAGUUCAAGGGAUGGAAUUCUUCUAUCUGCAGUUGUGUUUCAUCUCCUGCACUAGAUGUUAUUGCAGUUGGUUGUGCUGAUGGAAACGUUCAUGUUCACAACAUUCGUUACGAUGAAGAGCUAGUCACGUUUUCUCAUUCAACACGAGGUGCUGUGACUGCCUUAUCUUUCAGCACAGAUGGGCAGCCUCUACUAGCAUCUGGAGGUUCUUCAGGUGUCAUAAGCAUAUGGAAUCUCGAAAAAAGAAGGCUUCAAUCAGUAAUAAGAGAUGCACAUGAUGGUUCUGUACUUUCACUUCACUUUCUUGUGAAUGAACCCGUGCUAAUGAGUUCAUCAUCUGACAAUUCCAUCAAAAUGUGGAUUUUUGACACAACUGAUGGAGAUCCUCGACUUUUACGCUUCAGAAGUGGUCAUAGUGCUCCUCCACAAUGCAUAAGGUUUUAUGCGAAUGGGAGACACAUUCUAUCAGCUGGUCAGGACCGUGCAUUUCGCCUUUUCUCUGUAAUACAGGAUCAGCAAAGUAGAGAGCUUUCUCAGCGUCACAUAUCCAAACGAGCAAAGAAACUGAAGAUGAAGGAAGAAGAGAUAAAACUGAAGCCUGUCAUCGCUUUUGAUUGUGCUGAAAUAAGAGAGCGAGAUUGGUGCAAUGUGGUUACAUGCCAUAUGGAUACUGCACAGGCAUAUGUAUGGAGACUUCAAAACUUUGUUCUUGGUGAGCAUAUUCUGAAGCCAAGACCGGAAAACCCCACACCAGUGAAGGCUUGUGCCAUCAGUGCAUGUGGCAAUUUUGCCAUACUGGGGACAGCGGAUGGUUGGGUUGAGCGGUUCAACCUCCAAUCAGGAAUCAGUCGAGGCAGUUACAUGGACACGUCAGAAAGAAGGAGCUUUGCCCAUGAUGGGGAAGUGGUUGGAAUUGCUUGUGAUUCAACGAAUACUGUAAUGAUAAGUGCAGGAUAUCACGGAGACAUAAAGGUUUGGAAUUUCAAGGGACGUGAUGUAAAAUCUAGAUGGGAAGUUGGGUGCUCCGUUGUGAAGAUUGUAUAUAAUCGUUUGAAUGGUCUUCUGGCUGUUGUGGCUGAUGACUUAAUCAUCCGUUUGUAUGAUGUUGUGGCAUCAAGAAUGGUUCGUAAAUUUGAAGGUCAUAUGGAUCGUAUUACAGACAUGUGUUUUAGUGAGGAUGGAAAAUGGCUUUUGUCAUCAAGUAUGGAUGGAAGUCUUCGAGUCUGGGAUGUUAUUUUAGCAAGACAAAUAGAUGCGUUGGAUGUUGACGUGGCUAUAACAGCAUUGUCUCUGUCACCGAAUAUGGAUGUUCUAGCGACUGCACAUGUUGACCAAAAUGGGGUCUAUCUUUGGGUAAACCAAUCGAUGUUUUCUGGAGCUUCAAAAGUCGAUUCUUAUGCAAGUGGAAAGGAAGUUAGGAGUGUUAAGUUGCCAUCUAUCUCUUCAACAAAAGGUUCUCUAGAGGAGGACUCUGACGAGCCUAUUGUGGACCAUCCGCAAUCCAAAGAUGCUCCUGCAUUUACUACUCUUGACUUUCAAAUUCCAGAUCUUGUUACUCUCUCAUUAUUGCCUAAAAGCCAGUGGCAAAGCUUAAUCAAUUUAGACACUAUAAAGGAACGGAAUAAACCAAUUGAACCGCCAAAAAAACCCGAAAGGGCUCCUUUCUUUUUGCCUUCAAUUCCCUCUUUUUCAGGAGAAAUAUUAUUUACGGGAUUAGAAAACAAGGAGGCCAAAGGUGAUGACGUAGAACACACUAGAAUAAAGUCUGGUCUGGCACCAUCACAAUUCUUGCAACAUCUUCAGUCAUCUGCAGAAAUGAAAAAUUUUUCAGCAUUUACCGAUUAUAUUAAAAGUUUGUCUCCAUCGACUCUGGACAUGGAGCUUCGAAUGCUUGAGAUUGUUGAUGAUGAGGAUGAGGAAGAACUUGAAAGCCGCCCAGAAUUACUUUCAAUCGAACUGCUCCUUGAUUAUUUUAUACAUGAGACUUCGUGCAGAAACAAUUUUGACUUUGUACAAGCUGUAAUCAAGGUGUUUCUGAAGAUCCAUGGCGAAACAAUUCGGUGCCAAUCAAGACUGCAGGACAAGGCAAGGGAGCUCCUAGAUAUUCAAUGCAAAACAUGGCAAAGAGUAGAAAAGUUGUUUCAAAGUACUAGCUGCGUUGUCGCAUUUCUUAGCAAUUCACGGUUUUGAAUAGCCCGAAAUUUUGUCUCUGUAUUUGUAAUAAUAUUUCAGUCGAGCGAUUGUUCUGCCAUUAACUAAUACAAGCCAGGACUGAUUAUGAUUCAAGGAUUCUGAGUUGCAAACUUCAACUGGUCUUCACUUAUUUCCAUGGAGUACUAGUUCGAGUGAAGACGAUAAGUUGUAUAUUCGCAGAUGUGUAACGAAAUGCUGAAAAUUUCCUAUCUGUAAAAUUCUGUUGUAAUAUGGUUUUCUGCAACUCCGCCCCUGUUUGAACA